AAGGCCAUAAGUUGUGGCAUAAAAUGUCAUCUAUCAAACAUUUGGAAGUUAUGGCGGCAUUUAGCCAUUUUAACGGUCACGAAAAUCACAAAAACUCAACGAUGACGUCUUUGACUUUUACAACUACAACGACAACAACAACUACUACGACUACAGCGGAAGUGGCAAUUUCAUCCUUUGGCGUAAAUAGUGUUUAUAAUCAAAAUGACAUUAGUAGCAGUCCGCAAAUUGGAGGACUCGGAUUACUGCAUCAGCAGAAUUUAAGAAGUGGAACAAUUAAUGGUGGUGUCGGUACUUUUGGUGGAGGAUAUUCGGUGGGAAGUUUGAGUGGUGGAGCACCUGUUAUGGGUGGUAGUUUUUCUAGUGGUGGCAGCAACAGCAUUGGAGGCGGUGGAGGUGGCGGAAGCCUGGAUGGAUCUAAUAGCAUAAAUGGAAAUGUUAACGUUUUACUUGGCGGAGCUAUGCUGUCUGUGGUGACAACUGUGUUAUGUGUCGUGUGCUACUGUUGCCAUCGCAACAUAAAGAAACGCACAGAAGCCGCUUACCGACAGAGGUGGAUUGAAAACGAUACCAACAUGGAGAUAUACAGUGUGGAGCAGUGCUAUGAGACAUCUGGCCUAUUCAUGGAAUCAUCGGAGGGGUUAGCACUUCCAGCAUUAAGUCAUGAACCACCACCUUCAUACGAUGCCGUUAUGGUAGCCAUGCAGGAGACAAACCACCGACCAAGCAGAAUAUCUCCGCCGCCGGAUUAUCGGUCAAUGAAUGAUGUAUCUGGGUCAUCGGGCAAUGCCAACGUUAGCAUUCCCAAGUUCAUUUCAAAUGGUGGUACUGGUAAUACCAAUAGUUUGAGAAUUAAGAAAGUUCUUAGUGCUCAGUCGUGCUGUUCUUUGCAACGUGCUGAGGCAGAAAAUUUAUUCCAACUUGGGGUGGCAGCAGCUGCAGCUUCUUCAGGUCGUUUUGGUGCAAGUGCCUUAAGCAGAAAAUCUCUGCCAUACGCUGCCCAUAAUCUUGCCGAAGGAAGAUUACUCAAUCAUCAUCCCUACUAUCAGGGUUGUCCUUUGUGUGGAAAGUUUCGGUAUGAUGAUUCUAUGUCAUUGUCGAGUGACAGUGGCUUGGAUCAGGUGGUCGUGACGGUCGAUGUCAAUAAUGCAAAUUCUCCAGUGGGAGGAGUUGAUAGCGACACAACAUGCUAUUGCACACCUCUGCAAAGUCCGACAAUAGCUGACGAUAGUAACAAUAACUACAGAGGCGACAUGCAUCACAAUGCAAUUAUAGAGGAUGAUCGUAGGAGGAUCUCAACGCAUCAAUUGGUGACUUCAUCGUCAUCGUCGUCGUCGCAUGCGAAAUAUGAAAAUGCAAUUAACAACAAUGAUAAUGAAGGAGAUAAUACGCCCACUACUUUCGGUGGCGGGGGCAGCGGCGGAGGCGUUGGCGCUGUUGCUGCUGGAAUAACUUCAGCAUCAUCAUCAUUGUCUCCAUCAGAUUCGGCGGCGGUCUCAUCAUCACCUCAAACAGCAACAGCUACAGUGAUCGAAGAAGCUCCAGCAGCGUCUACAAGUGACAAUCAUCGUCGUAGUGACACUACACAUUCCACAACCGAUGAUGCAAUGCUGGAUUUGGAUUCUAUCAACGAUAACGGUAUUAUUCGUCUGGAUAUGAGCAAAAUUAUUGACAAAACCGGACUACCUACCUAUGAAGCGGCCUUAAAGUUAGAAUCAAGUGGUUAUGUUUGAAAAAAAGUGUUUUCUUUUUAGCUACGAUAUUCGAUAUUUUGUUUGCAAAGUUAUACUCAAUGAUUUGAAAAAGAAAUAAGCGUAUUUUUGACCACACUUAACUACAUAUCUUCCGAAAGAAAAUUCGUUAAAUUUUCAAAGGAACAACAAAAUGAAACACAAUAUCAAGCCUUAAAUAUAUGUACAUACCUAU